AUGCCGCGCACGCCAAUGGCGACGCACAUAAUCACAGACCCGUGGCUCUAGCAGCUUCUCUACCACCAACUGGUCAGCCUAAUUUCUGCCUCUAUAAAUUAACAAGAAGGACGACGAAGAUACUCGUAUUAUCAUACCCACUUGCAAAUUCAGUUCAGAGCACCGUGGUCCUCUGGCAAAUAGUUUAAUCGCGAGAGGAAGAGAUCGGUCGAAAACGAUGGCCGGCGAAGGAGACGGCGUGAAGCUGCUGGGCACGGUGGUGAGCCCGUUCGCGGUCCGCGUGCGCAUGGCGCUGCACCUCAAGGGCGUGAGCUACGAGGACCUGGAGCAGGACGUGUUCGACAAGGGCGACCUCCUCCUCGCCUCCAACCCAGUGCGCAAGAAGGUCCCCGUGCUCCUCCACGCCGGCAGGCCCGUCUGCGAGUCGCUAGCCAUCGUCGAGUACGUCGACGAGGUCUGGGCCGGCGCGGCCCCGCUCCUCCCCGCCGACCCCCACGGCCGCGCCGUCGCGCGCUUCUGGGCCGCCUACGUCGACGACAGGUUGGUCACCGCGAUGUUAGGCAUCCUGCGCGCGACCACCGAUGAGGAGCGGGCGGAGAGGCUCGACGCCGCGCUCGCGGCGGUCAGGCCCUUGGAGGACGCCUUUGCCGAGUGCUCUGGCGGCAAGGCCUUCUUCGCGGGCGACUCCGUCGGGUACCUCGACCUCGCGCUCGGGUGCCACCUCUUCUGGUUCGAGGCGCUGCGCGAGAUGUUCGGCGUGAUGAUCAUCGACGCCGGCAGGACUCCGCGCCUGGCCGCCUGGGCUGGAAGGUUCGCGGAGACGGAGACGGCCGAGAAGGCGGCGUCGCCCAUCAAGAGCCUAGUGGACUACGCCGGGAAGUUGCGGGCUAUCUGGGCUGCUAUUGCCGCGGCUGCCAACUAAUUUAAGUGGCUGGAAGUUGAAGAGCUUCUUGAUUCGGCCGCCUCGAACUAGUGUAAACAUAGGUAGAUUUCAUUUUUCUACAAACAGAGUUCACAAUAAAAUGGCCAUUUGUUUUGAUAAAGUUGUGGCUGAGCAACCCACUUAUCUUGUUCAUGGGUGUAGUACAACAUUAUAUGAUAUCAGAACAAAUGGAGAAAAUUUCAAAAAUA